CGGCACCAAGUUACGACACCCCGUUAAGCUGCACGGCUUUCCGCUGCCCGUCGCACUCCCUUUACGGCUAGGUUAACGCAAAAGCAAGCAACAACGGCACAAAUGCUGGCCGCCAGAGCCCUUCGUCUUGUUGGCAGACGUGCCAUUUCCACAUCGGUCUGUGUACGUGGGGGACAUGGAGUCGCGAAGGUAGAUGACUAUGCCCUGCCGGCCUACUUUGACCGGCGGGAGAACCCUCUGCCGGAGAUCCGCUAUGUGCAGGACCUGAGCUCGGAGCAGAAGUCCCUGAAGGAGAAGGAGAAGGGCUCCUGGGCCACGCUCUCCAAUGAGGAGAAGAUCGCACUGUACCGCAUCAGCUUCAAUCAGAGCUUUGCUGAGAUGAACCAGGGCAGUGCACAGUGGAAGUCGGUGGUCGCGGGGAUGUUCUUCUUCUUCGGCUUGACCGGCCUGGUGGUUCUGUGGCAGAGGAAGUUCGUGUACGGCCCGGUGCCUCACACUUUUGAAAAAGAGUGGAAGGAGAAGGAGCUUCAGAGGAUGCUUGACAUGAGGGUCAACCCAGUGGAGGGCUUCUCUUCCCAGUGGGACUACGAGAACAAGCAAUGGAAGAAGUAAAUCGCCCAAAGGGACCAUCAAUCACCGCCACCCUAUAAAAUAAGACGACAGACGACACAAGGAUAUGUCCAAACAGAUAUCUCUGUAUUUAUCAAUUCUUCAAAUUACCUCAGACUCUGCAUUCUGGAAGGCCUCUUCCUCUUACGGUCGUUAUGUAUUUUAGAGAUGAGAAUAAAAGUUCCUAUGUUACCCCAG